UUUAGGGUUUACUCGAGAGUCCCGACCAUCAUGUUUCUCAAUCAUUGCGAAGCCAAGACGAUGAUAGACGCAUCAUCUGCUUCAAUGGUUGUCACUUCUUUACCGACAAAGCGUAAGGCCGAGUUCGACCCGGAGGAGGAGAGCGAUGGUGAGAAUGAAGAAGAAGAAAAGGAAACCAAAAUUGAAGAGCGUAAGGGUGGAAUAGAUUACUUGAAGGUGCCAGAAUGGGAUGUGGACAGCUUCGAUGGUUUAGAGUAUUACUCGUCUCCGGAGGUGUUGUUUUCCUCCGAUGAGGAACCUUUCUCCGAAGAAUCUAUACAACACUAUCGCAUCUUUAAACACCAGAUGAUCGACAGCAAGGGUUUUUACGGGGAUCCAGAGCUUAGUCCCUAUGAUCAUUACAGAGGAAUCAAACCAAUGAGCUUGGAGUGGGAAGCGCUUACGGAUAAAGACUUUCGCGCCUACUGGGAAGAGAUGGUGUUUGUUUGUCUCCAUAAACUCAACCAAAUCAAGGACUCGAAUGUGGAGUUUGUUGAAGUUGUGAGAGGUUAUUAUCGCGCAGGACCAAGAUCAAAGUCAUACAUUACAUUUAUGGCGAGGGAGAAGCCUGAUGGACCUAUUGUGGAGUAUCAAGCCAAGUGUAUGGUUACUUUAGACAGAAAGAGGCAUCCCAUCCUCUGUAGACCUGUUCCAACGCCAAAGCCUUGAUACCAAACUUGUUCAAAGUAGGGAUGUCUCUUAGCCAAGUUCUCAUGCAUGUACUCUGUCUAUAGGCUCAAACAUGUAUAGAGAA